AUGGAUUACAUCCACAAGGAAAAGUACAACAGUGGCAAUGCUCUUGAUUUUGAGAUGUAUAGCUUAAAAACAAACUCUUGGAAAAGGAUAGCAAGUGCUUAUAAUUCACACAAGGAUUUACGGGUACAUAAUUAUUCGUGUGGCAUUUUCAGCAAUGGAAUGCUAUCUUGGAAAGCAAGUUACAGGGAGGAUGGAGACAUUCCAUGUACUAAUGCCAUUAUUUCGGUAGACCUCAAUAGCGAGACCAUAAUAACUACACCUUUACCCAGCAGUAUUGGUCACAUUAAUCAUCCUCCUUCUGACUUGAUGAAUAAUUACUGUUUGGUCUAUAAGGAGGCCUUGGCACUUGUUCAUUGGUUUACUGAAGCUCGCAAAAGAAGUUUUGAUAUAUGGGUAUUAGGUGAAUAUGGUGUUAAAGAUUCAUGGAAGAAGCUAUUCACUAUUGGACUCUUGGAGGAAUUGCUCGAGUAUUGGGAUUUUUGGGGGAUAGCAAAGUGUUUGUUCAAACAUAUCACAGGAGGAAGUUUAAGCCUCAACUCCAAAAGUAUAUAA